CAUCGAGUAAACGUUAUAAUAAACCUAUGCGUCAUAAUCUAUGAUUUAUCUUUGUAUGUAGAUUUCGCCUAUUAUUGUAACAGUAAUCACGGUGGUGGCAUCUUAUCACGUUUGAGUUUUGGUUUUCGAUGAAUGAUAUCAUUGCGGUACGUAAUCCGCCGAUUGUGGUAGAAACCUUAUAAAUAAAGUGUUUCGCGGUACCACGUGUUUGUUGAAAGACGGCACCAUACCAAAAGAGAAAGAUUUUAAAGCCACGUAUGUGAUCGCGCUUUAAUAUUUAUAAGACCCGCGUCGCGCGCCAUCCGCUCAGUCUAACGCGAGAUUUCGAACAGAAAGGUUCUCUUCAACAACCGCUCGUUCAGCUUAAUGGGUUUGACCGUCGCCAUUUCCACGAGGAUGAAAAGUAGACCGCGCAUUCCCUGCAAACGUCGAAGAGAAGUUUCAAAUUUCGCGCCGCAAUACCAACCUAACGCGUCAAAACGUGGUGUCUAGACGAGUCAGUUUUUGCGCGGCGAUUGUGUGAGCCCGAAGUCGAGAUUUCGAUCGAAUUUGCCGGCGACAAAAUGGAAAGUGAAUCGGCGAUGAGUCCCACGGUCGUGGCCACUUUAUUCGUGGGUGUCAGCGUUAUCCUGCUGGCGUACAUUCUUAGGUUAUUCAAGUCGGAGGCCAGGGCGAACGAACACACCAAAAAUGAUUUAUCCGUUCAAACGGAGAAGAAGAGGGAGGUUACAAAGCCGGCAAGCAAGAAGAAGAACGCGGGGGAAAGGUGGAACCCCAAGGGGGCGAAUUUCACUCACCACUGGGUUUUGAGCACGUUCAAGGGGCACACAGGCGAAAUUAGCAACAUGGAUUAUUCCUCCAACGGGAAGUAUUUGGCCUCGUGCGGAUACGAAGAUCCAGACCCUGGUGGCAAGGAGGACCCAGCCGAAGACUCAUCUUCAUCGGGGAAGGAGGAGAGCCAGUCUAGUGGUGGGGAUCGGAGCCCGUUGCCCAAGGGGCUGUCGAGGAGGCAGCGUAAAAACAGGAGGAGGGAGGAUGGCUCGCCUUCGGAGAGCAAAAAAAAGUUGAAACCGAAGAAGGUUGAGGUGUCGAAGAAGAGUAUCAACAUGGAUAUUUAUGGGAGGUUUGUGGAGUUGAAUGUCAACGAGCAAGCUUUGUUUGUGUUUUUGGAGAGGUACUCGUUGAAGAGGGACUUUAUGGUGCACCUGGGGUACCCUGUGGAUGAUAAUCGGUUCGAGGGGGUUUGGAUAUUCAAGAAUUCGAAGCCGUUCAGUGCAGUGACGUACAACCAGCAGCAUAACUUCGAUGUGAACGCUAGGGAGUUUGUGCCGGGGGGGAAACCGCGUUCGUGCUCCUCCACUGACUCUGGGCAGGGCAGUUCUUCCGAAAAUGACUAUGAAGACACUAGCGGUUCGGAUCAGGAGUGCGGCGGCCAAAAUGACACUCACAACGAACAUUUGUGCUCGCGGUGCGGGAAAACCUUCCGCACGAAAAACAAAAAAUAUUUGGCGACGGAAAAGUGCGUGUACCACUGGGGAAAGUUGAAGGCUUUGAACCGCGAGCGCGUGUACACGUGCUGCGAGAGGGGGGCCGGGGGGCGCGGGUGCACCGAGGGCGCGUGUCACGUGUGGAGCGGGCUUAAGAACGGCCCCAACGGCCCCUAUCAGGGCUACGUGCGCACUCGUACCCGCCGCAACCGCCCCGACUUCCACGGGAUUUACGCGGUGGACUGCGAGAUGUGUUACACCGUUGCCGGGCUGGAGUUGGCCAAAGUGACGGUUAUAAACCACGAGGGGCGUUUGGUGUACGAUUCGCACGUAAAACCCGAUAAUCGCGUUGUGGAUUACAACACGCGUUUCUCGGGGAUCACCGCGAAGGACUUGAAGGGCGCCAAGUCGCUCAGAGACGUGCAGAACGACCUGAUGGGCUUUAUCAACGAUAAAACCAUCUUGAUCGGGCACGGCUUGGAGAACGACCUCAAAGCCCUUAAAAUAAUUCACUUUAAGGUCGUCGAUACGGCCCUGUGCUUCCCCCACCACCACGGUCUGCCCUACAGGCGGUCCCUGAAAGAAUUGGUCUCGACUAUUCUCGCGAAAGACAUUCAGUGCUCGGAAAAGGGGCACAGCAGUUGGGAGGACGCCAGUGCCUGUCUGGAACUGGUCCUCUGGAAAGUGAAAAAGGACUAUUUUGUUAAUCACUGUUGAAAAAAGUUCGUUAUAGUAGUUAUGUCGGUUGUUGCUAAAUUUUAAAAUGUGAUACUAAUGUUUAGAUUGUGAUAAAUUUUAUACUUAUUUUUGACAUAACUUGCGCAUGCACUUUUUAUGCUUUCAACGAUUUAAAACCGUCAUUUUGACAUCCAUUAGCCCUCCCCUUAUUUCCUAAUUAUCUCAUUAACAAAGAAAGCUUUCGAAACUCUGCUCAGACAAAAUGUAGAAAAUCAAGCAGCAAAAUCGGAAACCAUAAAAAAUGUUUGCGCCCCGUUCAUAUUCGCCCGCUUUAUUUAUUGUUUGCUCCCAUAAUCAUCCUCAUCAGUGCCGAACUGAAUACAUGUGAUUAAAAUAAAAUGUUGUUCUAUUUAUUAAUAGAAUGUGUUCCUUAAACGCGAGUGAUAUACACAUUGAUGUGAAUCUCUUUAGUAGUUACUACGUCGUGAGAUUUUUAUACUUUACUUGCGUAAAUUUGUUAUUCACUUUUUGUUGAAUAUUUAAAAAUUUGCGUUACAUUAUUAAUCUCGGAAAUUUUGAUUUGUUGACUGAAAUGAGAAAUCUGUGAUAUUAUUUUCAAUUAUGGUUGUAAAAUGACUUUUCAGUUUCUUAUUCUCUGUCCCUUUUGUACGUUUCUAUAGCAUUUGCUAGUUGUUGUUGACAGAAAAGUUAAUAUUGUGUUCAUUAUUUUUUGUUAUGUUCAAAAUGUUAAAAAAAAUAGUAAUAGCAUGGCUGUGUAUUGUCAAAGUACAUAUUUUAAUAAAGUUAUUGAUUACAAAACACGUGGUUUAAUUGCAUUCCCG